CCGGGGGUCACUUGACACACGCUCAGAGCUCCAGUGACCCUGUGACCCGGCCCGCGGCCAUGCGGCCGGCCUCCGGCUGACCACGGCUGACCUCGGCUGACCCGGCUGACUCGGCUGACCUCCGGCUGCGACCCGCCGCCGCCGCCGACAUGCCCCCGUCGCCGGCCCGCCUCGCCUUCUGCUAGCCCCCGCGGGAGCGUCCUCCACCAGGUCAAGCACGCCCGAAGCACAGCUGAAGUUGCGCGGCGUAUUGAUUUAAGGCAACAUCCCAGGAGCGGAGCGCCGAGUACCCUUGAGCGCCGGCCGGCUGAAGAGUGUGGGACUCUCGAGGCGCGCGCCCGCAUACCACGUGAUCUAUCUCGCCCGAGGCGGCGCGCCAUCGCCGCAUCGUGCCACGCGUGCGUGUGUCCGGGCGCGGCGGGAGUGUGUGACGACACCCCUCCCCCUCCCCUCCCCACGCCUCCGCCACCAUGCCUCGCAUCCCGGUGGUGGGGAUCGACGCGGCGGAGAUCGUCCACUGGUGCAACGCCAAGCUGGACCAGAUCGACGCGCGCCUUCAGGACGGCCACGCGCAGCGGCGUCUGGUGCUGGUCAUCGUGAGCAUCGCGCUCCUGCUGGACAACAUGCUGUACAUGGUGAUCGUACCGAUCAUUCCCGACUACCUCCGGCGGAUCGGCAUGUGGGACACGCACAUCGAGGGCGGCCAGAAGAUCUACGCCAACGAAUGGCGCGUCAACAGCACGGGCAACUACUCGGUGCCGGGCAACAAGACGGUGUCAAAGGUUAUCAACGGCGUGACCGUGUACGAGAACGAGGACGCCGCGAUCGGAUUCCUCUUCGCUUCGAAGGCGAUCAUCCAGCUGAUGGUGAACCCAUUCUCCGGCGCGCUGAUCGACCGCAUCGGCUACGACGUACCCAUGACCAUCGGCCUCCUCAUCAUGUUCUUCAGCACGGCCGUUUUCGCGUGCGGCAAGAGCUACGGCGUGCUCUUCUUUGCGCGGAGCUUGCAGGGCGUUGGCUCGGCCUUCGCCGACACGUCAGGCCUGGCGAUGAUCGCCGACCGCUACACGGAGGACGCCGAGCGGUCGCGCGCGCUGGGCAUCGCGCUGGCCUUCAUCAGCUUCGGCUGCCUGGUGGCGCCACCCUUCGGAGGCCUGCUCUACGAGUUCUGCGGUAAGGAGCUGCCGUUCCUGCUGCUGGCUCUGGUGUCGUUCACCGACGCGAUCAUGCUGCGGCUGGUGAUGCGGCCGAUCAAGAAGCAGCAGGUGGCGGCCGGCUACACGAUGCCAAAGGGCACGCCCAUCUGGAGGCUCUUCGCUGAUCCGUACAUCGCGCUGUGUGCCGGCGCGCUGAUGAUGUCGAACGUGUCGCUCGCCUUCCUCGAGCCGACGAUCAGCGUGUGGAUGAUGGACCACAUGCGGGACGUGCAGGAGUGGCAGCUGGGCAUGAUCUGGCUGCCGGCCUUCUUCCCGCACGUGGCCGGCGUGGUGCUGACGGUGAAGAUGGCGCGGGUGUACCCGCAGUACCAGUGGGCGCUGGCCGCCGGCGGCCUCGCGCUCGAGGGCGUCAGCUGCCUCUUCAUCCCCUUCGCCACCAAUUACUGGGUCAUGAUGCUGCCCAUCAGCACCGUCUGCUUCGGGAUAGCGCUGAUCGACACCGCGCUGCUGCCGAUGCUCGGCCUGCUCGUGGACACGCGCCACGUGUCGGUGUACGGCAGCAUCUACGCCAUCGCCGACAUCAGCUACAGCAUGGCGUACGCCUUCGGCCCGAUCAUCGCCGGCGGUCUCGUCCAGUCGGUGGGCUUCACCGGCCUCAACAUCGGCAUCGCCGUCUCGAACGUGCUGUACGCGCCGCUGCUGUACAUCCUCUGCUACUGGUCGCGCCAACAGCAGGGCGAGGGCGAACAGAUCACCAUGACCGACCAUCCGAAGGAGUACCAGACAUACGCCGUGCUGGAGGACGACCCCGCCGGCCAGGGCGCGCCGCACGACAGCGAGAAGCGCCCGCUGCAGGAGACCAGCAUCGACAGCCACUACCAGAGCGUCGCCUACGACCAGAACGGGGGCUACGCCGGCCAGCCGUACCAGCAGGCGCAGCCGUACCAGCAGCAGUCGGGCGCCAUCGGGAAUUCUGGCGUCAUCGGACAGUCGGGCACCAUCGGAAAGCCGGACACCAUUGGGCAGUCCGGCACCAUCGGACAGUCGGGCAUCAUCGGGCGGUCGGGCAUCAUCGGAAAACCGGGCAUCAUUGGGCAGGCGGGCAUCAUCGGACAGUCGGGCAUCAUCGGACAGUCGGGCAUCAUCGGGUAG